CUCCCCCUCUGUCUUUCUCUGUCUUUCCCCGUUUAGUUCUUCUUCUUCCCUUCCCUUCGCGCUUUGACUCUCUCUGCCUCUCUGCUCUGCUCCGAAUUUAGUGCUGUGCUGCUCUCUUUACCAUUCUCCUCUUUAUCUUUCUGCGCUCCCUUCUCCAAUCUCGCUCGAUCUCUCUUCCUGGCUCUCUGCUGUGCUGGUGGGUCCGAGCCCUAUCUCUGUUUCUCCCCUGUUCCUCUCUCUAUUCCAGGAAUCUCCAGCAGACCCACCAUAACAGGGGUCGAGAGAUACAUCCUGCAGAGAGAGGGAGCCUGUUGAGUAAUAUUAGUUUUUUCCUUUUAUUAUUAUUUAUUAUUAUGAUUCCUCCCAAUCAGAGGACUCUUCCCCUGAGGAAUAUUAUCUCUGUUCUUCUCUGAGAGGACCGCAUAGUAAUAGUUGGGUUCGUCUCCUUCUUUGGGGAUCGGUUCUUGGAUUUCUGAACGAGGUGGGGGCCUCCGCUUGCUCACUCCCAAUCCCAUGGAUAGCACCAAUGAAGUCAACGUCAACGAAUCUAAGAGUGUUGUCCCUCUCAACACUUGGGUCUUCAUCUCCAACUUCAAGCUAAAGUACAAUCUCCAACGCCGGCCUGACGGGACAUUCAAUCGGGAACUCUCUGAGUUCCUUGACCCAAAAGUUCCCACCAACAGGAUCCCAGUCAAUGGGGUGUUCUCCUUCGAUCAUAUCGAGAAAACUACGGGGCUGUUGAACCGGGUCUAUUUGCCCGCCCCUGAGGAUGAGUCUCAGUGGGGAAAAGUGGAACUUGCCCUUGGGAGGCCCUUGAGCACGAGAGAGAUCGUCCCUGUGAUCAUCUUCUUUCAUGGCGGAAGCUUUACACAUUCUUCAGCCAACAGUGCAAUCUAUGACACCGUUUGCCGCCGCCUAGUCAGCAUUUGUGGUGCUGCUGUGGUCUCGGUAGACUAUCGCAGGUCACCCGAGUAUCGGUAUCCUUGUGCCUAUGAGGAUGGUUGGGCUGCCCUCCAGUGGGUCAAGUCAAGACCGUGGCUUCAGAGCGGAAAGGACCAGAAGGUCUAUGUGCACAUGGCUGGGGACAGCUCGGGCGGCAAUAUCGCACACCACGUGGCUGUUCGUGCGGCUGAUGAGGAGGUGGAAUUGCGAGGCAACAUCCUUCUUCAGCCAAUGUUCGGUGGGCAGGAGAGGACUGAAUCCGAGAAGAGACUGGACGGGAAGUACUUUGUCACUAUCCGGGACCGCGAUUGGUACUGGAAGGCUUUUCUUCCAGAAGGGGAAGACCGGGACCAUCCUGCUUGCAACCCAUUUGGGCCCCAAGGGAGGAGCCUUGAAGGGCUCAACUUCCCAAAGAGCCUCGUGGUCGUCCCGGGCUUGGACCUUGUUCAGGACUGGCAACUGGCCUACGUCGAAGGGCUCAAGAAAGCGGGGCACGAGGUGAAGCUGCUGCACCUGAAGGAAGCCACGAUCGGGUUCUACUUCUUGCCCAAUAACGACCAUUUCUAUUGCCUAAUGGAUGAGAUCAAGAGCUUCAUCCACUCCAACUAACGGCAUUAAUAGAGACUUCCGUAGGGACCUAAACUUACUAUCAACAGCAGGCAGGCAAUACAUAAUAGAACAGAAGCUCGAUGCAACAUCCACUUCGGGUUAAAUUUUUCUCUCCUAAUCUCUUCCGUCGCCCUGGUUUGUAUUAUAUGAUUGUGUAAUAUUACUCUCGACUUUUUUUUUUUUCCUCCCCUUCUCGUUUUCUUCUAAUGCCAUUCCUUGUGGUAUGGGUCCUUGUGGUAUGGGCGUCUAGUGGUCGGUCAUUGGGUUAGCUAGGUGAGGAACUGACAUGAAGGCCUGUACAUGUAUUCUCCCAUAAUUUUUCUUUCAAAGUUUUAUUCAGAAUUGUAAGCUCCCCUUCAGCUUCGGAUGCUGGAUAUCGGGAUGGGGGAUCAAUUUGUAUAUGUCCGGGGACACGAGUAAUAUCUUACCGAGAGCUAAUCUCAGGGACUUUGUUCAACAUGUUGUGAAGUCGUUGUGUAUGUUAUGCUUUGUUGCAGAAGGCAGCAUGAAAGGAUCAAGGCUUGCUUUCGAAUCA